ACGUCAAACACGCCAGUUUGUUUACAACGCGCACUAUAUCGAGACGCGUUUGUUUACUCGUUUAAAAUAUUAACCAAAAUGUCGAGCACUCCAUUAAGAGUAAAAUACGUUAAAAUCAAUGGCUUUCCAUUAUUGAACAUUAGGUUAUUUUUGUACAGUGUGGCGUUUGUUCAUCAAAUUGUGACUGCGGUGGUGACUUUAACCAUAGACAUGUCAAAUGAUGAAGAUCCUGUGGUCAGGAAUUAUAUGCUCGUGCGGUGGAUGCUUAUCACAUGCUGGUUCAACGUGGUACUGCUAGGCUACUUUCCGCUGUGCCUCUACUGUGACUGGUGUGAGAGAAAGGAUGAUGAGCCCCCUCACGUUCAGAAGCUAAGGAUACUUCGGGAAGUUAUCAUGACUUCCAUUCUGGUGCCGAUCACGACUUUCUCCGACGUGACAUUUUGGAUGCUAUACAGAUCCUACUCCAAUAUAAUAGCUCCAGAUCGCGUCUGGGAGUACCUGCCUCCUUGGGCUCAACACUCCUUGCAUACAAUCUCCAUGGUGGCUGUGGUCAUAGACUUGAUAAUCACGCCUCGAAGAAGGCCUGAUAGCAUGAAGACUGGACUAGCUGUCAUGUUUGGCUUUUCAAACGUUUACUGUCUUAUGGUCUACAUAUGUCUUCUGUUUGGUAUCCCGGUGUACGCGUUCCUAGCGACUGCCAGUGAUGUCCUAUUAAUAGCAGUCUUCGUGGGCUUUCACAUUGUGUUGAUAACCAGUUUCUAUGCACAAUGGCAAAUUGUUGAGUACAUUUGGGGGCAUAAAACGACUUCAUCUAGUAAUAAGUUGAUUAAAAUUAGUUAGGAAUCUGUUGGCACAGCUUGAAUCUCUUGUAGAACUCGAGGUUAAACACAAAGUCGAGCUUUUUCGUGAUUAUACGAAAAAGAUGGUCGAAAAAGAUUCGUAUAUCCUUGGAUACAUAUAUUCCUGAAGUAUAAUUUAUUCUACCUAUGAGUAUGAUGGACUUACAAAAGGUUGUGAUACAGAUAAAGCAAGGGUUCGUUUUUCAUUUUCACAAAAAUCAAUAUUUCGACUGACUAUAAAUAUAGAAUGUGGUGCUGGUGAUUUUAAUGUAUUUUACUAUAGUUAUUUAUUAUAAUAUUAUGAUGAAGAGUAAUUGAAGAAUAAUAAACAACGAAUACCUUAA